AUGGCAGACUAUGGUACCAGGGUGAUGUGGCAUGCUCAUCUAUGGAUCAAGAGGGAGAGCAGCAAGCAGUAUGAUAACUAUGCCCGAGGCACGACAUGGAACUACCCUCAUUAUAGAACAGUUGCUGGAGACGAAGCCGGGGACAGCCGAAGAGACAAUAUGAAGGGUGCAGUGAUGUUCCUUUGGGCCAUACGUUUCUUCUUAUUCAAACUCUGCGAAAGCCCGAAGUACCUUAUGGGCCGUGGGCGCGAUGAAGAGGCGGUCGAGGUGGUUCACAAGGUCGCCAAGGCGAACGGGAAGGUGUCCCAUCUAACGGUUGAACGAUUGAAAUCAGCAGGCGCGCUCGAAACCGCCCGGGCAGUUGAGGGGGAUCUUGAAGUGGAUAGCUCGGCCAUCGCUGUCCUACGCAGACAUCUCUCCAAAUUCAGUUCCGGGCACGUCAAGUCUCUGUUCGCCACACGCAAGCUUGCUUAUUCAACAAGUCUGCUGAUUAUCUUAUGGGCUCUAAUCGGCUUGGCAUUUCCUUUGUACAACAGCUUCGUCACAUACUAUUUAGACAGCAGAGGGGCUGACUUUGGCGAUGGAUCUGUCCACAUCACCUACCGAAACCAAGUAAUUCUGAGCGUCAUCGGGGUACCAGGUGCUUUGUUGGCCGGGUGGCUCGUCGAGCUUCCGUACUUAGGACGCCGGGGCACUCUCGCCAUUUCAACCGUACUCACUGGCGCAUUCAUCUUGGCAUCGACCACGGCACGUUCCUCCAACGCCCUACUGGGAUGGAACUGCGGGUAUAGCUUCACCAGCAACGUCAUGUACGGCGUUUUAUACGCACUCAGCCCCGAAGUAUUCCCCACAAAAGAUCGGGGUACCGGCAAUGCAUUAACUGCGUCGGCCAACCGCAUCUUCGGUAUCAUGUCACCUAUCAUUGCCAUUUACGCUGAUUUGACCUCGGAUAUCCCUGUCUUUAUUGCUGGUGCCAUCUUCUGCGCGGCCGGUUUCAUUGCUUUACUCCUGCCCUUCGAGCCCAGAGGCCACGCUUCUAUCUAG